AUGGCCCGAAGGUCUUGUUCCUGCUUUCUGUUGGGUAUGGGUUCAGGAGUUUAUGCGGGUCUAAUGAGUACCAUCCAUCUUGAGCAUGAAUUUUACGUCUAAAGACUUUUGCAGCUUACCCGGCUCCUGCACUAGACAGAAGCCGCAAUGGCCUCAUACUGUGAAGGAUGCGCAGCAUAUAUGUAACAAUGUCGCCUUAUUGACAUGAUGAUCCUGGCUCAUGAUGCACCAUGGCUCGAUAGCCGGGCCGGUGGGACAUGGAAUGCCGAGUCGUGAAUGGAGGAUGAAAACCGAGCGCUGGCUGGCGUGCUGGGACAGAAACAAAACAGCAUGGCUCUCCCUCUCUCUCUUCCCAAUUGGACGGCUCUGUGAUGGCAAGCCCCUCAGGACAGAUAUCUACGUACUGGCCACCCCAGGUAUAUCCUCUACCUCAAACAAACUACGAAUUUAAUGUGCGAAUUAG